UAUAAUCUUUACAACCCUCCCAAAAACCCUUUUAACAUAACAUAGACUUGCAAGAAAAGAACCCCAAGACCAAUUAUUAACCCUUAUAAAUUCCCUCUCAAUCUGCAAACACACAUUUAUAUCUUCAUUCAAACAUAAACAAGAUUUCAUAUUUCUGACAGUUAAAACUUCGUCUCGUCGAUUUUCACAUAAAUAUAUAAUAAUAAUGGCUGGAGAUCAGCAGCUAAAACCAGUUGCAGGGCUCCUUUUGUUCCUCAACUUUUGCAUGUAUGUCAUAGUUUUGGGCAUUGGUGGCUGGGCUUUGAACAGAGCUAUUGAUCAUGGCUUCAUUAUAGGCCCUGGAUUGGACUUACCGGCACAUUUUUCGCCGAUAUAUUUUCCGAUGGGUAAUGCAGCCACCGGAUUCUUCGUUUUGUUUGCAAUGAUUGCUAGUGUGGUUGGGGUGGCCUCGGCAAUUUCCGGUCUUAACCUUAUCCGUUAUUGGGAUGCCGAUAGCAUGUCGGCUGCCGCCACUGCAGCCACCAUUGCCUGGACUCUUACACUUCUUGCCAUGGGGUUUGCUUGCAAAGAGAUUGAGCUGCAUAUCAGGAAUGCCCGCUUGAGAACAAUGGAGGCAUUUAUGAUCAUACUUUCGGCUACUCAGCUCUUGUACAUAGCCGCCAUCCAUGGAGCUGCAUCCAGGAGGAGAACUUGAGCCAGAGAGAGAAAGAGAGAGAGAGA